CCGCCGCAGCCUCCCCGCCGCCACCCAGCAGGUUUCCUUUUUCCGGCGUUCCGGGUGAGAUAGGCAGGUCGGGCCGCCCAGGCAGCGAUCCGCAGUGCUAGCCCGGCGCUCGCCCGAGGACCCUGAAACUACCGUUACUCUGUGGGGCAGUGCGGCGCCAUGAACAGUCCGGGACUGAAUACGGAGAAAGUGACUACUCUGAUUCACAAACUGAAUUCCGACCCUCAGUUCGUACUUGCCCAGAAUGUCGGGACUACCCACGACCUGCUGGACAUCUGUCUGAAGAGGGCCACGGUCCAGGGUGCUCAGCAUGUGUUCCAGCACGUCGUGCCUCAGGAAGGCAAGCCGGUCACCAACCAGAAGAGCUCAGGGCGUUGCUGGAUCUUUUCUUGUCUGAAUGUUAUGAGACUUCCAUUCAUGAAAAAAUUAAAUAUUGAAGAAUUUGAGUUUAGUCAAUCUUACCUGUUUUUCUGGGACAAGGUUGAACGCUGUUAUUUCUUCUUGAAUGCAUUUGUGGACACAGCCCAGAAAAAUGAACCUGAGGAUGGAAGACUGGUGCAGUAUUUGCUUAUGAAUCCUGCAAAUGAUGGUGGACAAUGGGAUAUGCUUGUCAACAUUGUUGAAAAAUAUGGUGUUGUUCCUAAGAAAUGUUUCCCUGAAUCUUACACAACUGAGGCAACUAGAAGGAUGAAUGAUAUUCUGAAUCACAAGAUGAGAGAAUUCUGUAUACGACUACGGAAUCUGGUGCACAGUGGAGCAACCAAAGGAGAAAUCUCGGCCACACAGGACAGCAUGAUGGAGGAGAUAUUCCGAGUGGUAUGCAUUUGUUUUGGUAAUCCUCCAGAGACAUUCACCUGGGAGUAUCGUGACAAAGAUAAAAAUUACCAGAAGAUUGGCCCCAUAACACCUUUGGAGUUUUACAGAGAACAUGUCAAACCUCUCUUCAAUAUGGAGGAUAAGAUUUGUUUAGUGAAUGACCCUCGGCCCCAGCACAAGUACAACAAACUUUACACAGUAGACUACUUAAGCAAUAUGGUUGGAGGGAGAAAAACUCUGUAUAACAACCAGCCUAUUGACUUCUUGAAAAAAAUGGUUGCUGCCUCCAUCAAAGAUGGAGAGGCUGUGUGGUUUGGCUGUGACGUUGGAAAACACUUCAAUGGCAAGCUGGGCCUCAGUGACAUGAAUGUUUAUGAUCAUGAAUUGGUGUUUGGUGUCUCCUUGAAGAACAUGAGCAAAGCUGAGAGGUUGACAUUUGGUGAGUCACUGAUGACCCACGCCAUGACCUUCACUGCUUUCUCGGAAAAGGAUGAUGAAGAGGGAGCAUUUGUGAAAUGGAGAGUGGAGAAUUCAUGGGGUGAAGACCAUGGCCACAAAGGUUACCUGUGCAUGACUGACGAGUGGUUCUCCCAGUAUGUCUACGAGGUGGUGGUGGACAGGAAGCACGUCCCUGAAGACGUGCUGGCUGUGUUGGAGCAGGAUCCCAUCGUCCUGCCAGCCUGGGACCCCAUGGGAGCCUUGGCUGAGUGA